UACGAGAGAAUAUACAAGUUUUCGAGAACUUUCAGAUAGAUAAUUUGUGUUAUAAGUUUGAAUGUAAUGAUUGUUAUAACUUGAAUAAAAUGGAUCAGAUCGAUAAAAAUAAAUCAAUUUCUUCGAAAAGAGGUUAUUAUUCCGAAAUUGUUACGGGUACAUUAAAAUGUCCCGUAAAUCCGUCUUUAAAUCUUCUCCCAACCGUACCUAGAAGAACUAAGCUCACCUGGCAAAUAUUAACUGAGCAACAUAGUGCUGUUGUUCAAAAUCUUUUACCUAAAAAGUCGAAAUAUUUUUUGGGUGCAGCUGAAAGAUGGAUAACUUUUCCCGAAGAUAGAUCAAUCAUUUUUCCGGCUGAGACAUUUGUACCGAAAGUUCAAAUGGAACAGAACGUUGAAUCUAAACGUUUGCCACGAAACGUUGAAAUGGAAAGGCGUCGUAGGUUGUACAGAAAUCAGAGUUUAGAUGAGUCGUUAAAAAAAGAGGGUAUAUCAUCGUGCAAUAUUUUACCACCGAAAGUAAUUUCGUCGGUAUCAACGGAGGAAGAUAAAUUUGGCUUGUAUUCCAAGAUAAAUUAUUUACCUCUCGAGAUAUUUGACGACGAGGAAUUCGAUUGUCGAACAUCGAUUGAUUGGAUAAAUUUAGGUUUGAUCGAUGAUGUACGAUAUCCUUUACCUGCUAUGGCAUUUGUUGAAAAAUUCAUAAUUAACGAACAGAAGAAUGAUCAUUUGUCCAAUUUACAAUUAGAUAAUUUAUAUGGAUGGCAACUUUCAGCAGUAACUGAUUAUGAUAGUAACAAAAAAUUGUGGACCGUUCUCACAUUGGACGGUCAUAAGAGAACUUUUUUAUUGCCUAGGAUAUAUAUCCAAUUUUUAGCAGAGGAUCCGAAAGUUUUUGCUCGACGGAUUGCAGCUGCAGUUAAAGAUAGACAAAGAGCCGAGACGUGUAUUAGAUAUAAUUUUUAUUUGGAUUGCAUGGAAAUAGGCGACAUGCCGACAUUGAAUGAAAAUGAAAAGGAAACUAUUAUCUCGCUUUCUACGCGACAAAAGCUCGUUAAAUACAAAGUUCAGAAUAUCGCUUCUUUAAUGGAUGAAAUUGAACGCGAUUACCGUCGAACUAUGUGCGAUCUUAUGUGGAGAAGGUUAAUUCAACAUUCUCCGAAUAUAUUUAAAUUUAUGCAAAUAGAAUUUUCUACAAACAAAGACGUAGUACCACAAAUGGGAAAAAUUCCUACGAAUAUGAAGAAUUUUUAUUUUCAUUGGUUUACGUUAUACGUAUUACCAGAAGUUUAUGAAGCUAUGCGUUGUGUUGUUUACGAAUGUAAUCAAGUAUCGAAUAUGAAUUUAUUCGUAUCUAAUUAUGGAAAAUCAAUGUCGCUGACUGAAUUCGAAUCUCAACAAAAUCAAACGACGAUAAUGACCAUGAAGUAUCUUAAAGAAUUAUGGUUAGACAAAAUCACGCAAUCCGUUAGAAUGUAUUUGAGGGAUGUUGGAAAAGGAUGGUUUAAUCUCGAUCAAAAGUUUCCUGAAAUAUACAACGUUAUGAAAUUAAAACGUCUCAUGGAUCUAAUCAUUUGUCAUAUGCAAAAUGCGUUAAGAAAUCUUGUAGAAAAUUCGAUUUCUUUGUACUUUGAAAUGUUAGAAAGUCCAGGAAUUUGCGUAGUUAACGUUGAUGAUGAUUUUAUUUGGGGAGACGAUUUAGUAAAUACACAGUAUGCUUGUAGAGCUUUUCCUGUUUUUAAUGUUAAUCUUAUGAUGAAUAGUACUGGAGCAUAUUAUUCUACCGAAUUAAAUGAUUUCGAACAAACUAUCGUAUCUAUUUUGGAUAAUUCAUUGACACUGUGCCAUCAAAUAAGACAAGUACAUCCAUUUUUACUUCCCUUCCUUAAAUUUCCAGUAGAACUUUUUCUUAGUUCGGUUGGUCUGCUUGAUACAAGAAUAUGCGAAAUUAGGAAUCGUUUAAAAUAUAUUUAUCAAAAGGGAAUCAUACCUUUAAAAGCUUAUGCCAAAGAAUAUUAUAAAUAUUUAGCUCUUUUCGAAAUGGAUGUUGACAAAUAUAUCGAAGAUUUUAAAAAUGAAGAACAUACGGCUGUCGAGAUAAAGGACGAAAUUUCUUUUCAUCGUAGAAUGAAACUAAAUCUUGAAAGUACUCUACCGAAAAAUAUUUUCAUAGGUCCUUUUAACGUUAAUGUAUAUCCUUUGAAAGAAUUUUUAAUGUCAAAACGAGAAGAUUGUUCUACACGAUUGCUUUUUAUGUUCACCGAAAAACUUCGUUAUAAAGUUGAUGAGAUUUUAAAUGAAUAUAUAGAAAUAAGUGUAAAAUUGAAAGAAGAAUUGAGAAACGUAGAACAUUUGUUCGAUAAAAAAGAAUGGAUGGAAACAAUUCCGUUGACGGUAAAGGGAAUUAAUGAAAAUAUGCAAAAAGUGAAAAUUGAGUUUGAUAUUUUAGAACAUUUUCGUUGGAAUUUAUCGGAUGAAGAUUUUAAUGUCAAAUGGGAAGCAAUUGGUUUUCCUCGUAAAAUAGAAGAAUUGGUAGCAGAAACUGAGGAACGUUUUGUAAUAGAACAAGAAAAAUUUUUAAAAAUUCAAACCCAAGACGAAAUAAUGUUACAAGAGAAAAUAGAUUUGCUUGUUGGAAAUGUAGCUAACAUAGCUUUACAAACAGACAUUACUAUGGUUCAUGAGAUUGCUAUUGAUAUUAAAAGAAUUUGGAAAUUAAUGAAGGAAUGUAAAGAAAUGGGGAUACUGUUAAACGAACGUCAGAAACUUUUUGGAAUUCCUGUCGUGCCUUUUGAAAGUCUUUCUAAAUUAAUGAAAGAAUUUGAGCAAUAUCGAACACUUUGGAUUACGGCAUCAGAUUGGUUAAAUUGGUAUAAUAUAUGGAUGGAAAAUCCUUUAAUGACAAUUGAUGGUAGCAAUAUCGACAAUUAUGUUAAUGAAAUGUAUAAGGGAAUGUCACGAAGCAUCAAAAUCUUCCAAGAAUUUCCAAAGGUUGCCGCUGUAGCCGAGAAUAUAAAGGCUCAAAUAGAAGACUUCAAGCCCUACGUAGGGAUAAUACAAGCUCUUAGAAAUCCGGGGAUGAAACCUCGACAUUUUGAUGAACUUAGUGUUCUCACUGGAAUACAAAUGGCACUAACACCAUCAUUGACAUUCAAUAAUUUGAUAGUUCUUGGUAUUAUGCAAUUCGAAGAAAUCGUUACGAAGGUUGCCGACGAGGCUGAGAAAGAAUAUUCGAUAGAAGGUAUUUUGGAUAAAAUGAUAAACGCCUGGGAUGUUAUAACGAUGGAUGUUAUGCUUUAUAAAAAUACAGGUACAUACAUCAUGAAAAUUUCCGAUGAAACUUUAAUGCUCUUAGACGAUCAUAUUCUGAAUGCCCAACAAAUUAGUUUUAGUCCCUUUAAAGCUGCAUUUGAAGAUAGAUUCGAAGAUUGGGAUUAUAAAUUGAAAUUAUCCCAAGAAGUAAUAUUAUUAUGGAUAGAGGUACAAAAACGUUGGAUGUAUUUGGAACCAAUUUUUACGUCGGAAGAUAUUAGCCGACAAUUACCCGUCGAAACGAGAAAAUUUAACACCAUGGAUCGUAAUUGGAGACGAAUCAUGAAAACAGCCUACGAGUGUCCUUAUAUAAUGAAAAUAAGUCCAGACAAAUCACUUUUAGAAAGUUUAAAAGAAUGCAUCAGUUUGUUGGAAAUCGUACAAAAGGGUUUGUCUGAUUAUUUAGAAACAAAACGAAUGAUUUUCCCACGAUUUUUCUUUCUUAGCGACGACGAGUUACUCGAAAUACUUGCUCAAACGAAAAACGUACAUGCCGUACAACCUCAUCUUAAAAAAUGUUUUGAAAAUAUGAGAGAAUUAAGAUUUGAGGAUGAUCUUGCUAUCACAAGAAUGUAUUCUGCUGAAUACGAAGAAGUCGUUUUAAGACCUACGAUCUAUCCCGAGGGAAAUGUGGAAAAUUGGCUUUGUUUGGUAGAAGAAACCAUGCGCAAUACAUUAAGAGAAAUUAUAGGUGAAGCUCUUGAAAUUGUUGAAGAAACGAGUAGAAAGGAAUGGGUAUAUAUGUGGCCUGGUCAAGUUGUUCUUUGCGGUGGUCAAACUUAUUGGACUGCUCAUGUCGAAGAUGCUAUAAAAAAUAAUGCAUUGCAAUCUUUUUACGAAGUUAUGUUAUCCCAAUUGGAUGAUUUGCGUGAACUUGUAAGAAGUCCACAAACCGAAAUUCAAAGAUUAAUGCUCGAAGCUGUAAUUAUUAUCGAAGUACACGCAAGAGACGUUUUAUAUAAAUUAAUUCAAGAAAAUGUUAGUAACCUUAAUGAUUUCGAUUGGAUAUCACAGUUAAGAUAUUAUUGGGUUGACAAUAGCGAAUUAAAAGUUCGCGCUGUAAAUGCGGAAUUUUCUUACGGUUACGAGUAUUUGGGUAACAACGGUAGAUUGGUUAUCACACCUUUAACGGAUCGAUGUUAUUUAACACUUACCGGUGCUCUUCAUUUGAAAUUUGGUGGUGCACCAGCUGGACCAGCUGGAACUGGAAAAACUGAAACGACUAAAGAUUUGGCUAAGGCAUUUGCUAUUCAAUGUGUAGUCUUUAAUUGUUCCGAUCAAUUGGACUUUUUAUCUAUGGGAAAAUUUUUCAAAGGUCUUGCCAGUGCAGGCGCAUGGGCAUGUUUCGACGAAUUUAACAGAAUAGAUAUCGAAGUAUUAUCUGUAAUAGCACAACAAAUUAUGACUAUUCAGAAAGCUCAACAAGUCAGAACUGAAAUAUUUGUAUUUGAAGGAGUAGAAAUUACCCUUAAACCUUCCUGUGCAAUUUUCAUUACAAUGAAUCCGGGUUAUGCAGGUCGUACAGAAUUACCAGACAAUUUGAAAGCCCUUUUCCGACCGGUUGCCAUGAUGGUGCCAAAUUAUACUCUCAUUGCUGAAAUAUCUUUAUUUUCUUACGGUUUUUCUGACGCUAAAACUCUUGCUGGAAAGAUAACGACUACUUUUAAAUUAAGUUCCGAACAACUCAGUACACAGGAUCAUUAUGAUUUUGGAAUGCGCGCUGUAAAAACUGUAAUAGCGGUUGCGGGUAAUUUAAAAAGAGAAUUGAAAGAUGUCGAAGAACAACAAAUUUGUUUACGCGCUUUGAGAGAUGUCAACGUGCCGAAAUUUUUAAGCGAUGAUCUUAAAUUGUUUAAUGGGAUCGUAUCUGAUCUUUUUCCACAAUUGACUGAAUUACCUGUUGAUUAUGGAAUUCUUGAAGCGGAAAUUCGUAAGACUACUUUAGAAAAGGGCUUGGAAGAUGUCAAUGAAUUUGUGAAGAAAGUUAUUCAGCUAUACGAGACUACUUUGGUACGUCAUGGAUUAAUGUUAGUCGGACCUACUGGAUCUGGGAAAACAAAGUGUUACCAAGUUCUAAAGGACGCUUGUACAUCUUUAAAAGGACAAUUACAACCAAAUGGCAAACCCUUUAGAACAGUAUUAACGUACGUGCUUAAUCCAAAAGCUGUAACGAUGGGUCAACUUUAUGGCGAGUACGACCUUGAUACACACGAGUGGACCGAUGGUAUUUUGUCAACUUUAAUCCGUGCAGGAACUGAAACACAGGAUGAUAAUAAACGUUGGUACGUUUUCGAUGGUCCUGUGGAUGCAGUAUGGAUAGAAAACAUGAAUACCGUAUUAGACGACAAUAAGAAACUUUGUUUGACUUCUGGUGAAAUUAUGAAGUUACAACCAACUCAGAUAAUGAUUUUCGAAGUUGCUGAUUUGAGGGUAGCUUCGCCAGCCACAGUUUCGAGGUGCGGUAUGAUUUACAUGGAACCCGAAGGUCUCGGAUUAGAACCUUUAAUUAAUUGUUGGAUCAAAUCAUUACCCACGGAUUACGUGGCAAAAAUAAUGAAAUUGACGAAAGAAUUAUUAUUACCUGGUAUAAAAAUGUUGCGAGAACAAUUAAAGGAAAUUGUUAGUACUGUUGAUUCAACGAUGAUACAAUCUUAUAUAAACUUAAUGAAUUAUCGAAUCGGACCAAUGACUGGUCGAGAUAAUAAACCUACGAUAGCUGAUUUAUUAUCACCGUGGGCAGCUUUUGCUACAGUUUGGAGUAUUGGUGCAACUUGCGAUUACGAUAGUCGUUGUAAAUUUAGUAACUGGAUUCAAAAUGUGCAGAAAAAUUUUCAACAUGAGUUACCCUUUCCGGAAGACGGUUUGGUAUUCGAUUAUAGGUUACACGAUGGUGGUUUUACUGAUCCUAUAGAAGGACAAGAUCCGAUUCCACCGCAUUGGAUUAAAUGGUCAAAUGAUAUGCCAAUCGUUAAAAUAACUCCAGAAACUAAAUACGCUGAUAUUGAAGUUCCCACCAUGGAUAAUAUUCGUCAUGCUACUUUGAUCGAAUAUUUAUUCGCAAAUAAUAAUAAUAUAUUGUGCGUGGGACCAACCGGAAGUGGAAAGACUAUGACAAUUUCGACGAAAUUAUCUAGAAAUAUGCCGAGAAAAUAUAUUUGCGAUUUUAUUAUUUUUUCCGCUAGAACUACUGCCAAUCAAACUCAAGAUUUAAUCGAUGGAAAAUUAGAAAAAAGGCGUAGAGACGUGUACGGUCCGCCAUUGUUGAAAAAACAAAUAUUUUUUAUCGAUGAUUUCAAUAUGCCAGCACAAGAAGUGUAUGGGGCUCAACCACCUAUCGAAUUAAUACGACAAUUUAUGGAUUUUAGCGGAUGGUACGACAGAAAGGAAAUCGGUAGCUUUAGACUGAUUGAAGACGUAAAUUUUAUUGCUGCUAUGGGACCUCCUGGUGGUGGAAGAAACCCAAUAACCUCUAGACUUUUACGACAUUUCCAUUUCAUUGCAUUUCCAGAAAUGGAAAACAGUGCCAAGGCGAACAUCUUUGGAAUUAUUUUAGAAUCUUGGCUAUCUAGAACACCAACUUAUUUAACUUUAUUAAAACCUAUGGUUAAUGUUACAUUGAAUGUAUUUGGGACAAUAUGUAAAGAAUUAUUACCAACACCUGACAAAUCACAUUACACGUAUAAUCUGAGAGAUCUUAGUAAAGUAUUUCAAGGGAUUCUUAUGGCUGAUCCUACGAAAAUAAAUUCUUACGAAAAAUUAUUUCUUUUAUGGUAUCAUGAAAAUACUCGUGUAUUUAGCGAUCGUUUGAUUAACGACGACGAUCGGAAUUGGUUCAGCAAACUUUUACAGGACACUUUAAAGGAACAGUUUGAUUACGAUUUAACAGAUCUCGUUAAAAAUAAAAUAUUGUUUUACGGUGAUAUUUCUAAUACUGCUGGACAAUACGAACGAAUUACUAAUAUUCGUAAGAUGAAACAAAUUGUGAUUGAACAUUUGGAAGAUUAUAACAAUUCGACAACUGCACCAAUGAAAUUAGUAUUCUUUCGAGAUGCUUUAGAUCAUAUUUGUAGAAUUAUUCGUAUACUUCGACAACCCCGAGGAAAUGGACUUUUAUUGGGCAUGGGUGGAUCAGGUCGGCAAAGUUUAACAAAGCUUUCCUCGUAUAUACGUGAAUAUAAUUAUUUUCAAAUAAAAUUAAGUAAAGCAUAUUCUAAUCAUGACUGGCGUGAGGAUAUAAAAAGUAUGAUGCUAAAAGCAGGAUUAGAAAAUCAAAUAAUGGUAUUUUUAUUUUCGGAUACUCAGAUAAAAAGCGACUCCAUGUUGGAGGAUUUAAAUAACAUAUUAAAUAAUGGCGACGUACCAAAUAUAUACAGUUCGGAGGAAAUGGAAAGAAUAUUUCAAGUCAUGCGUGGUCCGGUUCAAGAAGCUGGACUACAAAUCAAUAGGAGUAACCUUUUCUCAACUUAUUUGAAAGUAGUGAAAAACAAUUUACAUAAUAUUAUUACAAUGAGUCCCAUCGGUGAAUUAUUCCGGUCUCGCAUUAGGCAAUUUCCUGCUCUAGUGAAUUGCUGUACGAUCGAUUGGUUCUGUCCCUGGCCGGAUUCAGCUCUACAGACCGUUGCAAUGCACUUCCUUGCGGAUAUUAAAGAUGAAUCCAUUAAUGAGUCGGUUUUGAAGUCAAUUGUGAAGACUUGUCAAUUUAUGCACUCUAGCGUGAUUAAAGCCAGUGAUCGUUUUUUAAUGGAAUUGAAUCGUCAUAAUUACGUAACGCCUACAUCAUAUUUACAAUUACUGUCAAGUUAUGGUGGUCUUCUUUCGAAAAAAAAACAGGAAUUAAAUUCUGGAAUGACUCGUCUGUCCACAGGUAAUCAAUCAAACUUGCCAGGUAAAUUACCCGGUGAAAAAAUAUUAGAUUACUGGACACCGGGUAGUCAAAUGUUUGCAGAUGCUGGACAUUUUUUAAACAUGAUGGUCAAUUUUAAUCGAGAAAAUAUAACCGAAGAUAUGAUCAAUAAAUUGAAACCUUAUAUAGAGAAUCCAGAUUUUCAACCUGCAAAGAUUCUUCAAGUAUCAAAAGCCUGUCACUCACUAUGCCUUUGGAUUCACGCUAUGUACAACUAUUACUUUGUGAGUUUAAAAGUAAAACCAAAGAUGGAAGCAUUGGCAAAGGCUGAAGAAGUAUUGAUAGAAACCGAAAAAGCUUUGUCCGAUGCCAUGGAUAGAUUGAAGGAAGUAGAAAAUAGAGUACAAAGACUUAAAGAUACCUUGCAAGAAAAAGAAGAUAAAAAAUUGGAAUUGGAAAAACAAAAGAAUCUUUGUGAGGAAAGAAUGGCAAGAGCGGUUAAACUUGUAGACGGUCUUGCUGAGGAACAACUACGUUGGACUUUAACUUUGUCAGAAAUGAAAAUUUCAUUAAAAAAUGUCGUCGGUGAUAUUUUAUUAUCUUCCGGUGCGAUAGCUUAUCUGACACCCUUUACUGACGUUUAUCGGAAAACUCUUGUCACAUCUUGGUACGAAAUUAUGGAUAAGGGUGUACCCCAUACACCAAUUUGCACACCAAUAUCAACGUUAGGUGAUCAAGUACUGAUAAGAAGAUGGCAAUUAGAUGGUUUACCAAGGGACCUUCUAUCCGUUGAAAAUGCUGUUCUCGUAAUGCACUCUGAACGAUGGCCACUGUUUAUUGAUCCGCAAGGACAAGCCAAUAAAUGGAUUCGUAAUACGUACAAAGAAGUUGGUUUAUCAAUUACAAAGAUGACGAGCAAGGACAUGCUACGAAUAUUGGAAAGUUGUAUUCGUUUUGGUAAAGCAUGCUUGAUAGAGAACGUUGGUAUCGAAUUCGAAUCCGUUUUAGAUCCUAUACUUAUGCGAUCAUAUUUCAAACAUGCUGGGCAAACAAGCAUUAAAGUUGGUGAUAACGUAGUACCAUAUAAUACAGAAUUUCGUUUGUUUUUAACGAGUAAAUUAGCAAAUCCCCAUUACACACCGGAAAUAUCGAUAAAGGUGUUGCUCGUUAAUUUUUCAUUAACAUCCAGUGGUUUACUCGAUCAAAUGAUGAGUUUGGUUACUAUACAAGAAAGACCGGAUUUAGAACAAAUUCGUAAUUCUUUGAUUGUAUCCAAUGCGGAAAUGAAUAAAGAUUUGAAAGAACUCGAGGAUAGAAUUUUAUACAGGUUGACAACAUCCGAAGGUUCUGCGGUAGAUGAUCUUGAUUUAAUAUUGACCUUGGAUGCUUCCAAAGCUAAAAGCGAAGAAAUCAAGAUAAAAGUAAAGGCAGCGGAGGAAACACAAUCGGAUAUCGAUUCUACAAGGUCAUUGUAUAUUCCCGUAGCAGACAGAGCACAAAUAUUAUUUUUUUGUCUUUAUGAUUUACAAUACAUAGAUACGAUGUAUCAGUAUUCCUUGGAAUGGUUUAUCAAUAUUUUCAACAACAGUAUAAACGCGGUCGAGAAAAGUGGCAACAUUGAUAAACGAAUCGCUGAUAUUAAAAAACGUUUCACCUUCGAUUUGUUUUGCAACGUUUGCCGUAGCCUAUUUGAAAAACACAAAUUGCAUUUUGCUUUUCUCGUUUGCGCACGUAUUCGAAUUAAUGAUAAACUCAUAGACGUUGAUGAAUGGAGACAUUUGUUAUCUGGAAUAAUUGUUGCUACUGAUUUACCAAAUCCAGAUCCAACUUGGAUCUCUUCGCGAUGUUGGAAAGAAAUUCAAGCUUUAGAAAUACUACCGAAGUUUCAUGAAUUUGUUACACACUUUAAACGUUCCUUGAUUCAAUUCAAAUACAUAUUUGAGGCACAAGAGGAUGCACAUUUAAUCGCGUUACCGGAACCUUGGCAAAGUAAAUUGGAUGAUUUUGAAAAAAUGUUAAUACUUAAAUGUCUCCGUCCCGAUAAAAUGAUCAAUGCAAUACAAAUGUAUUUGAAGAAGUAUUUAGGCGAAGAAUUUGUCGAACCACAAACAACGGAAAUUGGUGCACUUUACAAGGAAUCAACUCAAACAACACCUUUGGUAUUUGUAUUGUCUACUGGAACUGAUCCGGCAGCUGAGUUAAACGUAUUUGCGGAAAAACAAAAAAUGGGUAGAAAAUUAUUUUUCAUAUCUCUUGGACAAGGGCAAGGUCCUAGAGCGGAAGCAAUGUUAAAAGAAUCUGCCGAAAUAGGCAAUUGGGUAUUUUUUCAGAAUUGUCAUUUGGCACCAAGUUGGAUGCCACAUUUGGAAACAUUGGUUGAAACUUUGACGCAAGAAACUCAUAAUGAUUUUCGUUUAUGGUUGACAUCAGCACCGUCGCCAGAUUUUCCCGUUAGCAUUUUACAGAAUGGUCAUAAAAUGACGAUCGAACCGCCGAGAGGUGUAAAGGCUAACAUGUUUCGAGCAUACUUAACGCAGGUCGCAGAAAUGAAGAAUUUUUUUGAAUCAGAUGAUCCAAAAGUAGAACCAUUUAAACAUCUUGUCUUUUCAUUAUGUUUGUUUCAUUCAAUUUUAUUGGAAAGAAGAAAAUUUGGUUCUUUGGGUUUUAACAUACCGUAUGAAUUUACAAGCGGAGAUUUAGCUAUUUGUUUGUCACAAUUGCAUAUGUUUCUUAUGGAAUAUACAGUUUUACCAUUUAAGGUUCUUAUCUAUACCGCUGGACACAUUAAUUAUGGUGGACGAAUAACUGACGACUGGGAUCGGAGAUGUGUUUUAACGAUACUAAAAGAUUAUUAUAACGUUAAUGUAGUCUCAAGUGACUUUCGUUUUGACGAUGAAGGAAUAUAUUAUCAAUUACCAGCAACCAGUACAUUUAACGAUUACAUAAAAUACAUCAAAACACUUCCACUUAAUGACGAUCCUUCACUUUUCGGAAUGCAUCCUAACGCAGAUAUAAGUUUUGCACAAGCAGAAACUUACAUGUGUCUGGAAACGAUACUCAAUUUACAGCCAAGAGAGCUUAGUAGUGCAAUUGUAAGCGUUGAGGAUAUUACGAUACAUCAAGCCCAAGAAAUGUUAAUUACGUUACCAGAAUCUUUCGAUUUAAUUGCUAUACAGAUAAGGUAUCCUGUUUUAUACGAAGAAUCAUUUAACACGGUAUUGGUACAGGAAGCUAAACGAUACAAUGCGUUAUUAAAAGUUAUUAAAUUAUCGUUAGAUGAUUUAUUGAAAGCAUUGAAAGGAUUAGUCGUAAUGUCCGAACGUUUGGAAACAAUGGCUACAAAUAUUUCUAAUAAUAAAAUACCAAUGAUUUGGCAAGAAAAAGGCUAUCCCUCGUUGAAACCACUUGGUUCUUGGUUUAUCGAUUUGAAAGAACGCAUUAAAUUUAUUACAAAAUGGUACGACAAUGGUAUACCACCUGCAUUUUGGAUUUCGGGAUUUUAUUUUCCUCAAGCUUUUCUAACAGCCACUCUGCAAAAUUAUGCAAGAAAAUACGUGAUUUCUAUUGACACGAUUGAUUUUAGCUUUCGGGUAUUGGAUUCAAAGCCAGCGCAUAAACCGGAAGAUGGUUGUGUAGUAUAUGGGUUAUUUCUUGAGGGUUGUCGAUGGGGUGGAAAUUAUUUAGAAGAAUCACAUCCCAAGGAAUUAUACACCGAGAUGUCCCCUAUCCUUUUAUUACCAGAAUUAAAUCAUCAAAUAUUCGAAGAUAAAAUUUAUAUUUGUCCCGUAUAUAAAACGAUAGCACGUGCUGGUACUUUAAGCACCACGGGACAUUCGACUAAUUUUAUUCUAGCUAUGGAAAUACCUAGUCAAAAUCCACAAGCUCAUUGGAUUAAACGAGGCGUUGCAAUGAUAUGUGCGCUUGAUUAUUAA